UUGUGCUCUUCAUUGACAGAAAUCGCAAAAAGCAUAAACAAAAAAACCCGGCAAAAACUAGCAGAUAAAAUAUAAAACAAUAAUAACCACAAAGCUAUAUUGUACUCUAAUAUUUUUAAAUUAUAUUAUUUGUAUUUAAUUUUUACAACAUAUUGUUUGUUUAUUUUUACAACAAUUAAAAUUAACGUGAAAAAAAAACUAAAAAUACAAAAAAUAUCGGGAAGAAGCAGAACUCAUAAAAAGCAUACACAAACAAUUUGCAAAACCUGUAAAAAGAAGAAGAUUUAAAGAAAACGUAGAAAGAGCGAAAAAAUGAGCGAUUAAACAAAAAUUUGCUGCAACAUAUUAGCAAAAAAAUAAAGAAAACUUUAAAAAUAUUUAUAUAAAAACAAAAAAAUAACAAACUUAAAAACACAAUAAAUUAUUAACAAAUUUUAUUUAAAGAAAAAGCUAUUUACAUGAAACUUUUAAAGCCAAGUUGGGUGCAUCAUGAUGAAAAACCAAUCUUCUCUGUGGAUGUUCAUCAGGAAUGUCUUAAAUUUGCCACUGGUGGGCAAGGAGUGGAUUCCGGCCGGGUCGUGAUAUGGAAUCUAAUACCCGUGCUAUCCGAGAAAGCCGAACUAGAUGAGAAUGUGCCGAAAAUGCUGUGUCAAAUGGACAAUCAUCUGGCGUGUGUUAAUUGUGUGCGCUGGUCGCAAAGCGGCCUUAUGUUGGCCUCCUGUUCGGAUGAUAAGUUGGUGAUGAUAUGGCGGCAAUCGAAGGGUCCCAGUGGUGUUUUUGGCACUGGAGGCAUACACAAAAAUCCCGAAUCUUGGAAAUGUGUUUUUACUUUGCGCGGCCAUUCUGGUGAUGUUUUGGACUUAGCCUGGUCCCCGCAAGAUCGUUGGCUGGCCAGCUGUAGCAUUGACAAUACGAUUAUUGUUUGGGACGCCCAAAACUUUCCUGCCAUGGUGGCAAUGCUUAAGGGACACACGGGUCUAGUCAAGGGUGUUGCCUGGGAUCCGGUGGGUAAAUAUUUAGCUUCACAAAGUGAUGAUCGUAGUGUAAAAAUCUGGAAAACAUCAGAUUGGACUUGUAGUAGUACAAUCACAGAACCUUUUGAAGAGUGCGGUGGCACUACACAUAUUUUACGUUUAUCCUGGUCCCCGGAUGGUCAAUACUUAGUAUCGGCUCAUGCCAUGAAUGGCGGAGGACCAACAGCACAAAUUAUAGAACGAGAGGGCUGGAAGUGUGAUAAGGAUUUUGUUGGUCAUCGCAAAGCUGUUACGUGUGUACGUUUUCAUACCGCCAUAUUGAAAAGACAAGCGCCCAAGUCACAAAAACCCCAACAGUAUUGUUGUUUGGCCGUGGGUUCCCGCGAUCGUUCUCUAUCAGUGUGGAUGACAGCUUUGCAAAGACCUCUGGUGGUGAUACAUGAACUUUUUAAUGAUAGUAUUCUAGAUUUGUCCUGGGGUCCCGAUAAAUGCAUACUCAUGGCCUGUAGUGGCGAUGGCACGGUGGCUUGUCUGCAAUUUUCCGAAAAUGAAUUGGGCACUCCUCUCUCCGAGGAGGAUAAAAAUUCACUAUAUCAACGUAUUUAUGGCAAAACAGCAGCAAUUUUAACGAACGGCUCGACGGCAGCCACAGAUUUACUCAUAGAAAAUCCCGAACUUUUAACUUGUACUCAGGAUAAAAUAAAACCACCCACACUGCCAACCAUACAGGUUACCAAUCACAAUAACAACAUCGAAAACUCCUUAACACAAGCGGCCUCCAAUGGUUUUGGUUAUGGCAGCCGCAGCAGCACUUCUACACAAAAUGCAAACGCUAUGGAAAUAGGACAAAGUACACCCAUGAAAGCGAUUAAUAAACAAAUGGAGACACGUACAAAAGAUGGUAAACGACGCAUAACUCCUGUGUUUAUACCUUUAAAUCAGGAUGUGGCACAAACUACCACAACAACGAAUACUAAUUUAAGCAGUUUUGGUCAAGCAACUACAGAAGUAACGGGGAGUGCCUCCUUGCCUUCAGAGGGUGAGGCAGUAAUAGCCUCCACUUCCUCGGCUAGUAUGAAAGACAGUUCUACUGCUGCUGGCUCCUCAGCAACCACACUACCCAAAACCAAUAUAACAGAUCAGGAAAGGGGCCGCUUGGAUUCACGUUUAGUUAAAAGCUCAACGGCCAAACCACGCGUUGAACCUUUUACCGUUUCCAAGGACAACUUUCAAUCAUUUCCACACUUUAAACAAACACCACAACACUUUGGCAAUGAUGCCAAUACCUCCGCCACCACCAGUAACGCUGCCUCAGCCACAAAAUCUUAUCAGGCCUCUACUAUGGGCCCUAAAAUCACCAUAACCGCCACCACCAAGUGUGAAUAUCAAAAGACUGCUUUAGAUUAUCGCGUUCACGUAAGCAAUGGCUGUGUGCCCACUAACAAUGGUCUUUUGGCCAAAGUAACAGCAUUUCGUUUAGCUACCGGCAAGCUGUGGGAGACAUUUGUGGGUUCCCCUGUGGUAAAUUUCAAUUUUUGUUUGAAAUGCGUCAUGCUUUGUAGUUUAGAUGGUUCCAUGCGUUUAUUGGAUUUACAAACCGGCAGUCCCCUAAUGCCAAUAAUCUCUCUAACAACAGCUGCCAUACAAUGUGCCUUUUGUCCCAAGGGCCUUUUAGUGGGUGUCAUUACCGAAUGUGGCCUUUUGCGCAUUUGGAAUAUUGCCACUUGUUCGGCUGUUUUAGCCACCACCUGCAAUGAGGUCUUUGGCAAACAUGGCUCGGUGUUACAGUUUACCAUAACCGAACAUGGUGUACCUAUGAUUCUGUUCUCAAACGGUCAGGCCUUUUCAUAUUCUGCUCAAUUACAAUCUUGGUUAGUUUUGAAUACUAAGGAUCCGAUUAUGCGUCAUGGUCUGCGUACUUCUAUACCUAAGGAAUUGAAUAAGAACUAUUUAUGCUAUCCUUUGACAUCUAUCCAGGCGGCUACUACCACUUUUGUUACGCAGAGUACUGGUAUUGAUUUAAAUGCCAACGACUGGCAAUCGGUUGCUAAAAUAUCAUUCAUCGAAAAUCAAAUUAAACUUUGUGAAGCCAUAAAUUCCGCAGAGGAACUCAAGUACUGGUACACCAUGUUAGCAUUUCAUUUGGCUAUUGGUAAUAAUGAAAAUAAACUGCGUCUACUACUCAACGAUCUCUUGGGAACCGGGACUAGAAGUAUAAGCUCACAAAAUGAAUACAUAUUGAAUAUACCCAAACAUGAAAUCUUGGAUUUGGUUUUGGAACAACUUAAAGUCCAUAUUAAAUGGCAGCGCAUUUAUAUGGAAUACAAUGAAUUAUAUCAACAUUUAAAACAACGUCGGCAAGCUAAGCUUAAAAAACAACAACAAGAACAACAACAACAGGAGCAACAAAUUUUACAACAAACUGAAAAAGAGAAAUCUCCCACUUUAACAACAAAAACCACGGAAGAAGAUGCUGCAGCUGCCACCACCUCCUCCUCCAAUUCUAGUUUGAAUUGUGCCAAAUUAGAAACUCGUAUGGAUAUUAAAAUGGAAAAUAAUACACAAAAGAGAAGACGUUAUCAAAAGGACUUGGCUCCCACAGAUGAUAUUCUAACCUUGAUACAUUUGGUCCGGCAAAAUCCCACAUUGUAUAAUUAUAAAUUACAGCCGAAUCAACGCAGGCGUAUAGAUAUUUUAAAUGGUUGGGCGGAGAUAGCAGCGGCCAUAGGAAACAAAUACACCGUUGAGGAAUGUCGACGCAAAUGGAAAAAUCUACGCGAUACAUAUCAUCAAUAUCGUUUGCGUAAACCUAAAAUGAGUGAUGGUCUCUCGAAAUGGCGUUACGCCAAGGAUAUGGAAUUUCUAUCGAAUGUCUAUCAACCGAAACUAAAAUCGAAUCGUACACAAAACUACAACAGUACCGCACCGCAAGAUAAUCUACUGCACAGUGUUUCGGAGAGUACCGACGAACAUGAUCAUGUUGUGCCGCAGGAUAUGGUACAUUCAAAUAUUAUUUCAGUCAAUGAUGCGGACACAUUUAUUUUGACUACAUACGAGGAUGUAACACAUGACAACGAUGUCUCACAUGAGGAUCCCAAUAUGGUGUCUCACAGUGAAUUGAAUCAUGACAAUAACAGCAUGGAAGAUUGUGUUGAGAUUGUGAAGCAUGAACAACAUGUGACGCUGGAUGAUGAUGGCAAUACGGGCGGUGAUGUGGACUAUGAGGAGGUGUGUCUGUACGAAGAAUCGGGCAAUACGCCGAGUGUGGAUUGUGAGACAAUUAUUGGAGCGGGAGCUGGUACAAAUUCUGCCAAUUCGGAUGAUACAAAAUUUCAAUAUAUCGAUGCAAAUGAUUUCUGUAUAGCGUCUAUGAAUCCCACAACAUCACAAUAUUCAAGUAGUGCUAGUAGUGUUAUUGGUGCCACGGGUACAAUUAAAUUGAAAGCCUUACCCAUGGUGAGUUCUACGACUACAUCCACAGCAUCCUCUACCCUCGACUCGACGGCCUCGUGUGUAGGAAUUGCCUCUCCUUCGGUACAUUUACAAACUCUACCCGAGUUGACACCCUCGCCAGCGAUACCUCCGCCGGCCACAACGGCCAGUACGUCUGCCACAUAUAUGUAUACCACCCUAAAUCCCACAAGAUCUCAAUACAACAGCAAUAAUAAUUCGGGCAGUGUUAUUGGAGGAUCAACGGGUACCAUAAAACUAAAGAACUUACCCACCGUCAGUUCCUCCAGCACGGCUAUGGCUUCUACAUCUUCUACCACCUUAGAUUCGACCACCAUCGCUUCACCUUCAGUACACAUACACAAUCUGCCAGAAUUAACAGCCUCCCCCACAACAGCCACCAGCACCCCCCCUGAGACGAAACAUGAUGCCAACAACUCGUUGCUCAACUCGGUUAACACAAAUUCCCAACAAAUGCAACCAACCUACGCAAAUACCACCACACCCUCCACUUCAGCGGCAAUGUCGUCCGCAGUAGCAACAGCAAACAUGAUUUGCAAUCAUCAACGAGAAGAAUGUGAUUUAUUUUUCGAUUUUCUUAAAAAGAAAAUACAACGUUUUCCCCCCGAAGAAAUCACUUCCAUACAAGUGGAAUUUCUUAAUUGUGUUUUGCGACGAGAGGCGGAACAUGCCCAGAAAGCUCAGCAGCAGCAGCAGCAACAACAGCAUAAUUCUAUUCAUUAGGUAGUUUUUUAUUAGAUUUAUUUUCUAUAUAAAAAAAACAAGGUUUCGUUAAAAAGAAAAUGAAAGUUUAAAGAGAAAUAA